UUUACCCGCGGUCCGACGGUCUUCAGUACGUGCGCGCUGCCGGGUGAGUUUACAAAUGCAAAACCGCUGACCAAAACAAGGAUUUAUACUUAUAAGUAUUAUCAGGUUCUUAGGUCUGAAAUACCACCAAAAAGAAAGAGCUUGCCAAGAAGAUACAAAAUAUAUAUAUAUGUUAUCCAACAUGACCACCAUCAGAGUUUGGGCGAUCGUCACGCUGUUUGCCUGUACGGCUUACGGCCAAAGGAGACCACCGAAUUACCAGCAGAACGAAAUGCCGACCACUAGUUUUAGCUGCAAAGAUAAAAUCGUAGGCGGAUACUAUUCGGACCCAGAAACAGAUUGUCAAAUGUUCCACGUCUGUGUCAAUGUCGCCGGCGUCGGAGUCCAAGACUUCAGAUUCCUUUGUCCGAACAACACAGCGUUCGACCAAGAAAACCAGAUAUGUGACGACUGGUACAAUAUCGAUUGCGAAGCUGCCACGUUGUACUACAGUGACAAUUUUGAUUUGUACAGACUGGGUGCUGGAUCUCCGAGCCUAUCGGCUAAAGUCACGCCGAUUCCAUUGGGCCCUUCUAGCGCAUCGCCAAAGACUCAGAGCCCGCCUAAACCCAAGAAGCCGCUGCUGUCUUCCCCGGUCAACAACGCUGUGUCUGAACACGAUGACGAUUACUAUUUGCAAAGGAGCGAUUCGACGGACAGCAAACUGCAACAUGACUUGUUGCGCGGCAGUAGCUCAGGAAAUUUCUUUAGCAACAAAAAUCGCGGCCUGGAAGACGACGACUACGACGACACUAGAGUAGCGUCUUCAAAGGACGACGUGAAGAAAACACAAAAAACCAGAAAGCAAUUGACAGGAAGAAAACCUGUUGAACGUAUAUCCACCACAACAACCACCACCACCACCACCACCACUACAGGCUCUCCGUCGAGCACGACUACAUUGAGGCAACAAAACUAUAGACCAACCACCUAUCGAAGCAAAGACCGCGGUCGCAUUAAUUACAAGACUUAUCUGGACAAACAAGCCAAAACGGACGAUUACGAAUUUCAGAAAAUAAAGACUGUUCAAUCCAGUACUAUUGCACCGAUCAGUAAUACUUUCCAAACUACACAAUUCAACAACAACGCGUAUACACAACCCCCUCAAGUGAAUAACUUCAACCAAGCCAGAAACAUUGACAGUCAACGCACUUUCUCCAGUGUCAAUCAAUUUCAAUCAGCCAAAAUUAGUACGCAACCACCGAAAAAUAAUUUCCAAGGAAAUAAUUACUUUGCCAAAGUUCAAACUAGCAGUGCUCCUCAAAUUCAGAAUUUCCAACAAUCAAAUAAUGUGAAUCAAGCAUUCCAAAAUGUCAAUAAUCAAAACCAAGGACUCAGCAAUAAUGUAUACCAAGGUUACUCAACCACAAAUCAGCCAUUUACGACUAAUCAAAUAAAUCAGGGUUUCUCCUCGAAUAACUUCAACCAAGGCUUCCAGCCAAACAAUAACUUCAACCAAGGCUUCCAGCCAAAUAAUAACUUCAACCAAGGGUUCCAGUCAAACAAUAACUUUAACCAAAAUUUCCAAUUCAACAAAGUCGCUGCUUCACCUUCAACCCAAAUUUCUAACCAAAACCCGACUACUAAAGUCUACCAAACAAAUGCGUACCAAGGCAAUCAGCUCCCGAGUUCUACCGUCAAAUACAGUCAGCUGCCAGUUUCAAACUUCAACCAACAGCAGCCAGCUGUUAAUUUUUUCCAACCUUCGACCCAGUUCAGCUCUAACGUGUAUCAAACAUCGCAAGCGUCCACCCAAUUCCAACCGACAACGGAACAUUUUUCUAAAGACUACAAAGCGAAAUUCGACCCAUACAACAGCUACCAAAGGGCCAACGAAGAACCCGGCGAAACGUUGAGGACCGCGCAGAGCACAAACUUGAGACCCAGCGAUUUGAACGCCUUAUUUCAACCCAAACCGAAAACUAUUAACGCUACGCUUUCGGUCGGAUUCAAUUUCAAUCGAAAUGAUGGCGGUGUCGCAAAAUCCACAGUUAUCGUUACAUCUCCAACCACGCAAAAACCCAGGCCAUUCUCAGUGACUACACCGAUUCCAAGCACAACCACCACCACUACCACCACCCCCUCCUCCACCACCACUACUGUUCUUCCUUUGAAAAACAAUAAAGACUCCAAGGAUUCGUCUUAUGAUUAUGCAUAUUACGACGAUAGCAAUCAUAAUGAAUACGAAGACAACUUUGGUGAAGAUUUCGCUAGAACUAAAACCUUAAAAAAAGCAUAAAUAUUAAAUAUUAACAUAAGUCAUACAAAUAAUGUAAUGUAAGUUGUUGUAAAUAAAUUAUACGUUUUUUUUA